AUGGCGAGCUUUCGCCCGCUGACCGUACUGGUCGGCGUGUUGCUGUCUCACCUGCUGUUUGCCUGCGUGGCCGCCAAGGAUGAAGCUGUCCUCAAUGCUGAGAUUGGUAGGCUCAACAACCAGAGCCUGCUCUGGGGGCCUUAUCGUCCAAAUCUCUAUUUUGGUGUCCGGCCUCGCCUGCCUCACAGUCUGAUGACUGGCUUGAUGUGGUCCAACAUUGACACAUUCAAUGGGCCCAAGGACAAUCUUCGUUUCACUUGUGAACAGCACCAAGGCAUGGCCGGCUAUGGAUGGGAUGAGUAUGACACUCGCAGGGGAGGCGUCCAGACUAUCCACGAUGCUGGAAAUGGUGUGGAUAUCACCACCUCUUUCGUCAAGGUCCCCGGAGGUGGAAACGGCGGUAGCUGGGCUGCAAGGAUCAAAGGUGUGCCCAGGGACGGCGCCCCCGACAAUAUCAAGACCCAGGUUGUGCUCUUCGUCUCUCAGGAAGGCUUGGGCAGUGAGCUGGAGACUGUGGCUGAUGGCGAUGUCAACGGUUUCGCUGGGGAUGUUACCCUCAACGGCAGGUCUGACUCUCUUGGUGAAUUCAAGCUCGUCGUCACCCAUGGCACCGGCGAACAUCCUCAAGGCGGCUCCGAGGUUGAUGACGAAAAGGACUUCGACAAGACCGCUGUUCAGUCCCUGACCCUCCCAACUGAGUAUCUGUGGCAGGCCAAGGGCAUCGCACUCCGUCAAUUCGGGGAGCGUAUUCAAAGCCUCAUGGAGAUCAUCGACAAGGAGUCCCCUCCUCCACCACACCAGAUGUACGCCUUGCAAAACAAGCCUGGCGCUGGCAACGGUCAUCUCAUCCAGAAGAUCUACGAGGGCCCCUUCGAGUUUGAUGUCCUCUUCUCCAGCAAGUCCGCAGGAAACGAUUUGAGCAGCGAAGACUUGACGAGGGAGAUCAAGGAGACCACCGAGUCCUUUGGAGAACGCUUCUCCAGCGUGUUCAAGCCUCAAGCUCCAUUUACUGCCGACAAGUAUGCGAAAUUUGGUAGGAGCAUGUUCUCAAAUUUGAUCGGCGGUAUCGGCUACUUCUACGGCCAACAUGUGACCGACCGCUCAUACGCGCCCGAGUACGAUGAGGACGACGAAGGUUUCUGGGAGGCUGCCGCAGAGGCGAGGGCUCGCAAGGAGCAGAAGUUGGAGGGCCCAUACGAGCUGUUCUCGAGCAUUCCUUCGCGGCCAUUCUUCCCCCGCGGCUUCCUGUGGGAUGAGGGCUUUCACUUGCUGCCCAUCGCAGACUGGGACAUGGACUUGACCCUCGAGAUCAUCAAGAGCUGGUACAACCUCAUAGACGAUGACGGUUGGAUCGCUCGGGAGAUGAUCCUCGGCGAAGAAGCCAGGAGCAAGGUUCCUGAGGAAUUCCAAGUGCAGUACCCGCAUUAUGCCAACCCACCCACGCUCUUCUUCGUCGUCGACGAAUUCAUCUCCAAGCUGAAGCAGUUCGCCAACGGCAGUGCCUCCUCGCAGAAGGAGACAAUUUCUCAAGACCAAUUGCUCGGCACUGCUUACUUGGAGAACCCUAGCCUAAGCCUAGAGUAUCUCCGCCAACUCUAUCCUCUCCUACGCCGUCAAUUCUUCUGGUUCAAGAAGACUCAGUACGGCGACGUCAAGUCAUACGACCGAGAAGCCUACUCGUCCAAGGAGGCUUACCGAUGGCGGGGCAGGACCCCUCGACACAUCCUCACGAGUGGCCUCGACGACUACCCCCGGCCACAGCCCCCUCACCCUGCCGAGCUUCACGUCGAUCUGAUGAGCUGGGUCGGCCUGAUGAGCAAGACGCUCGUCAACGUCGCAGAGACCAUCGGCAUCGCCGAGGAUGCCGAGGAGUACAAGAAGAUCCUCGACGCCAUCGAGCACAACCUCGACGACCUUCACUGGUCGGAGAAGGAAGGAUGCUACUGCGAUGCCACGAUCGACGACUACGAGGAGAACGAGCUGGUCUGCCACAAGGGUUAUAUCUCGCUCUUCCCUUUCCUUACCGGCCUGUUGAAGCCCGACAGCCCCAAGCUCGGCAAGAUCCUGGACCUCAUCGGCGACGAGGAGGAGCUUUGGAGCCCCCACGGCAUCCGCAGUUUGAGCAAGAAGUCCGAGUUCUACGGUACCGACGAGAACUACUGGCGCAGCCCGGUGUGGAUGAACAUCAACUACCUGGCCGUGACGCAGCUUUACAACGUCGCAAAGCAGGAUGGCCCACACCAGGCCAGGGCAAAGGACCUCUACAGCCGCCUGCGCAAGAACCUCAUCGACACCGUCUACAAGAGCUGGACCGAGACCGGCUUCGCCUGGGAGCAGUACAACCCGGAGACGGGCGCGGGUCAGCGCACCCAGCACUUCACCGGCUGGACCAGCCUGGUGGUCAAGAUCAUGGCCAUGGAGGACCUCGCUGGCUCCGGCCACGCGCGGGACGAGCUGUGA